AUGGCAGAGCCUCAUCCCUGGGCGGCUCUCUUCUUUUUCUUCCUCCUCCUCCUCCUCCCUCUGGCCGCAGCCCCCGAGCCCGGCAGCGGCGGCUUUGCUGCGGGUACAGCCGAGCCUUCCUUCAUUGCUAAAAGCGAAGACCGUUUGUUCAGGCACUUAUUUGGAGACUACGAAAAAUGGGUGCGCCCCGUGGAGCGCUUGAACAGUACGAUCAGAGUGAAAUUUGGCCUGGCCAUUUCGCAGCUGGUGGACGUGGAUGAGAAAAAUCAGUUGAUGACUACAAAUGUUUGGUUGAAACAAGAGUGGGUUGACGAGAAACUGAGGUGGGACCCUAACGAUUACGGAGGAAUAACAUCCAUCCGUGUCCCUUCGGAUUCGAUAUGGAUUCCCGAUAUAGUUCUGUAUGACAACGCCGACGGUCGUUUCGAAGGCACCGCAACCAAGACCGUCGUGAAAUAUGACGGUACUAUCGCUUGGACUCCACCCGCCAACUAUAAAAGCUCCUGUACUAUCGACGUGACUUAUUUUCCGUUCGACCUCCAGAACUGUUCCAUGAAAUUUGGCUCCUGGACCUACGACGGCUCACAAGUGGAUAUCGUUCUGGAGGACCACGAAGUGGACAAGAGGGACUUUUUUGAUAACGGGGAAUGGGAAAUUGUAACCGCCACUGGAGUCAGAAGGAACCGGACGGACGGAUGUUGUUGGUACCCGUUCAUUACGUAUUCGUUUAUAAUUAGGCGCCUGCCUCUUUUUUAUACCCUGUUCCUUAUCGUCCCCUGCAUAGGGUUGUCGUUCUUAACCGUCCUCGUCUUCUACCUCCCGUCUUACGAAGGCGAGAAGAUCUCUCUGUGCACCUCCGUACUUGUGUCUUUAACCGUCUUCCUGCUGGUCAUCGAAGAGAUCAUACCGUCGUCCUCUAAAGUCAUUCCUCUGAUCGGCGAAUAUUUGGUGUUCACGAUGAUUUUCGUGACGUUAUCCAUCGUCAUCACGGUGUUCGCUAUCAACGUUCACCACCGAUCCUCGUCGACGCACGCCGCCAUGGCGCCUUGGGUCCGCAAGAUAUUCCUCCACCAGCUCCCCAGGCUGCUCUGCAUGAGGAGCCACGUGGAUCGGUACUUUGCUCGGAACGAGGAACCCGAUCCUCCUAACGGAUCGGAGCCCUCGAGGAACACGUUGGAAGCGGCCUUAAAUUCUAUCCGCUACAUUACGAGGCACAUUGUCAAGGAGAAUGAAGUGCAUGAGGUUGUCGAAGACUGGAAGUUUAUAGCUCAGGUCCUGGACCGCGUGUUCUUGUGGACAUUUCUAAUGGUUUCGAUCGUUGGAUCUCUUGCGCUGUUUAUCCCCGUAAUUCAUAAAUGGGCCAGCAUAAUCGUCCCGGUCCAUAUUGGAAGCACAAACGCAUAAAUGUGGGGGGGCUAGGGCAGCGUUGACGAUCUUUCUAAGAAUUUUAAUAGUGACUUAACGACUACUUAUAUCUUUGGCACAAUUUAACACGGAACGAGGAAAAUUUUACAAAGGGCGGAUCCUAGAGGCGAGGGGGUUGGGCACACAUUUAAAUACUAGCAGAAUAUUCUUUGUAGCUUUUAGAUCACAGGCGUCAAAUUCACGGCCCUCCAGAUGUUAUAGACUACAGUUCCCAUCACCCCCUGCCAGCAUCAUGCUGGCAGGGGAUGAUGGGAACUGUAGUCCAUAACAUCUGGAGGGCUGCGAGCUUGACACCUAUGUUUUAGAGCAUCAUUUUCCUUACAGGAGGCAUCAUUACCUUGACGGGUCCUCGAUCCAGCCGAAGGCGUGAGGGAUCGGCAGACAGCUCGGGCUACUGGGGAAAUAGGGUGAAUUUUGUAUAAUAAGUCUUGGUGUAUGAUAUAGAACAAUUCAGGUAUUCAGUGCGCUUGGUUAGUUUUGUCUCAGUAACCCCUGCAUCAGUCUUGCGAGGCGGGACAGUCGUAUUAUCCUCAUACUAGCACUAAAGCCCAUUUUAAAUUAAAAUGAAAUGGGCUCUAGACAAGGGAAGAAGAAGAAGAGCUUGGAU